GCGCCAUGUUGGGGCCCAGGGGACGGUGGAGAGGCGCUUGAAGCGGCGGGAGAGAAGCGGGAAAGGGUCAGACCCGGGCUGGUAGGAGCCCCGCCCCUCCCACCUCAGCGGAUCAUGACCUGGGCGGUGGUCCCGGAGGUCGCGGUGGCGGGGUACGUGGCUUGGCGGGGCCAACGCUAGAGAUGAUGCCAUUUCCGGUGACAACCCCUGGAACACAACAGACCCCGUCGCCACCCAAGCACUGUGGCAUCUCGUCCCCUAUCAGUUUAGCAGCCCCCAAGGAGACAGACUGCAUACUUACUCAGAAAUUAAUUGAAACCCUGAAGCCCUUUGGGGUUUUGGAAGAGGAAGAAGAACUGCAGCGCAGGAUUUUAAUUUUGGAAAAAUUAAAUAAUCUGGUAAAGGAAUGGAUACGAGAAAUCAGUGAAAGCAAAAGUCUUCCACCAGCUGUAAUUGAAAAUGUUGGAGGCAAAAUCUUUACAUUCGGCUCUUACAGAUUAGGCGUGCAUACGAAAGGUACGGAUAUAGAUGCGUUGUGCGUUGCACCAAGACACGUCGACCGAAGCGACUUUUUCACCUCCUUCUAUGAAAAACUGAAACUACAUGAAGAAGUAAAAGAUUUAAGGGCGGUUGAGGAGGCAUUUGUACCAGUUAUCAAACUGUGUUUUGGUGGUAUAGAGAUUGAUAUUUUGUUUGCAAGAUUAGCACUGCAGACUAUUCCAGAAGAUUUGGACCUAAGAGAUGACAGUCUGCUUAAAAAUUUAGAUAUUAGAUGCAUAAGAAGCCUUAACGGUUGCCGGGUAACCGAUGAAAUCUUACAUCUAGUACCAAACAUCGAUAACUUCAGGUUAACUCUCAGAGCUAUCAGAUUGUGGGCUAAAUGCCACAAUAUCUAUUCCAAUAUAUUAGGCUUCCUAGGAGGUGUUUCCUGGGCUAUGCUAGUAGCAAGAACUUGCCAGCUUUAUCCAAAUGCAGUAGCGUCAACUCUUGUACGUAAGUUUUUCUUGGUAUUUUCUGAAUGGGAAUGGCCAAAUCCAGUACUACUGAAAGAGCCUGAAGAACGAAAUCUUAAUUUGCCUGUUUGGGACCCAAGAGUAAAUCCCAGUGAUAGAUUCCAUCUUAUGCCUAUAAUUACACCAGCAUACCCACAGCAGAACUCCACAUACAACGUGUCUGUCUCAACAAGAAUGGUCAUGAUCGAGGAGUUUAAACAAGGGCUUGCUAUCACACAUGAGAUUUUGCUGAGUAGGGCAGAGUGGUCCAAACUUUUUGAAGCUCCAAGCUUCUUUCAAAAAUACAAGCAUUAUAUUGUACUUCUAGCAAGUGCACCAACAGAAAAACAACAUCUAGAAUGGGUAGGCUUGGUGGAAUCAAAAAUCCGAAUCCUGGUCGGAAGCUUGGAGAAGAAUGAAUUUAUUACACUGGCACAUGUGAAUCCUCAGUCAUUUCCAGCACCCAGAGAGAAUCCUGACAAGGAAGAAUUUCGUACAAUGUGGGUCAUUGGGUUAGUGUUAAAAAAGCCAGAAGAUUCUGAAGUUCUCAGUAUUGAUCUCACCUAUGAUAUCCAGUCUUUCAAAGAUACAGUUUACAGGCAAGCAAUAAAUAGUAAGAUGUUUGAGAUGGACAUGAAGAUUGCUGCAAUGCAUUUAAGAAGAAAGGAACUUCAUCAGCUACUACCUAAUCAUGUGCUUCAGACAAAGAAAACACAUUCAACGGAGGAUGUCAGAUUGACAACUUUGAAUGAUGGCAGCCUCGACUUGUCUGCAGACCUUGAAAAUGGCAUGUCUGUGCCUUCACCUGCUAGCCCAGUGACUGGCAGCUCUCAGGGCAGAAACAGUCCUGCCCCAGCUGUAAUGGCAGCAUCUGUGACCAACGUGCAGAUUACUGAAGUUUCCUCACAACAGGUGAAUCCCGGUGAAAGCUCAGGGGGUGCAUCAAGGGAAAGCAUCCCUCAGAGUGUCUCACAGCCAGCCAUGUCUCUGCCACCAAAGCCCACCAUCACCAGAGUUGUUUCUUCAACCCUUUUGGUAAAUCAUCCACCCAGGCCUUCAGGGAGCACAGCAACAAACAUAGCUAAUCCUAUAGUAGGAGUCUAG